AUGGCGACUGGAUACUACCCAGUAAUAGAUAAUAGCUUCAAAUAUGGUGCGGGUCUGACCUGGUUGCUGGCGGCGCAUCGAGCUGCCCUCGGAAUUUCGAAGACCGGCAUUUCUGAGCCCAAUGGAAAACGGCGACGGCAUAUAAUGGCAUUAUUCUCCCUCGUUUCGUUGUCUAGCAGUAUUGCACCCCUCAAAAUGGUCACUCUCUCGUCACUUUCUGAGCCGGUAAUCAUCAUCGGUGGCGGUACUUUUGGUACCACGACAGCCUUCUAUCUGGCGAAAAAAGGAUACACAAGCGUCACUGUCUUGGAUCGUUUCCCAGUACCGUCACUAGAGGCUGCCGGUGUCGAUAUCAACAAAGUCGUGCGCACCGAGUAUCCAGAUGCCCUAUACACCAAGAUGGCAACGGACGCGAGGGAUCUCUGGCGCGACCCAAAUGGGUUAUUCUCCGGACUCUACCACCCCAGUGGCUGGAUUAUCGGCGCAUCAAAACGAUCUCUGCCAUUUGUGGAAGCAUCGAUCAGAAGCGCAGAGUCUCUUGGCGUUGAGCCUGCGCGAGAACUGACAACGGAAGAAAUUCGUCAAAGAUGGCCUGUACUGAACGGAGACUUGCCUGGGUGGAAGUCCUUCUGGAGCUCCGGCGCUGCAUGGGUGAAUGCAAAGGAAGGAAUCUUCAGAAUGGCUCGGAAGGCCAUCAAUUCCGGGGUGAAGUACAUCUCUGGCGAUGCCGGGUAUGCAAAGCAGCUGCUCUUUGACGAGAAUGCAACGUGCGUGGGAGUGAAGUGCGCUGAUGGCUCGACCUAUUUCGGCCGCAAGAUUGUGCUCGCUGCGGGUGCUGCAGCUGGCAGUCUUUUGGAUUUACAAGGCCAGAUAGUGGCCAAAGGUCAUACGGUCGGCCAUAUCCAACUGUCCCCGGAAGAGGUUGGGAAAUAUAAAGACAUGCCCAUCAUCGAUCAUUUGGAAGGAGGCAUUUUGUUUCCUCCUCAAGAAGACGGCAUCAUGAAGAUCGGCGCCAUCCAUUUCGUCACCAAUUUUGCGAAGCCCAACAGCGGAGUCUCGCUCCCUCGCUAUCGUUCUGACAACCCCAGAGAUGGAGUCCCUGCCAAAAUAGAGGCGCGUCUUCGAAAAUGGAUGAGAGAAUGCGUACCUGAGCUCGCAGACCGAGAAUGGGUGGAGACCAGGAUCUGCUGGGAUGGAGACAUGCCCGAUUACAAUUUUCUCAUCACGCCGCAUCCCGCCCACAAGAACCUAGACAUUGCCAUUGGAGGUUCAGCCCAUGGCUUCAAAUUCCUGCCCGUGCUUGGGAAAUACAUUGUGGACAUGAUGGAAGGCACUCUCGAUCCAGAGAUUGCCCAGAAAUGGAAAUGGAGACCCGGUGCCAAAAUGGUGAACUUUGAAACCAACCCUCACCCGGACACGCCGGAGGAUCUCAAUGAUAUGCCGGGAUGCGGGCCAUCGCCCAAGGCUGUGCUGUAG